AUGGACUGGAACUUGAAAGCACCUUCUUGGGAUUUGACUGAACUAGAACAAGAAACCUUUUCCAACUUAGGCACAGUUGAUGGGUCUAGUAGCUUUGGAGAUCAUAGGACCAUCAAAGGCAACUUUUCUGUUGAUUUGAAGCUUGGUCAGUUGGGUGAUUCAGGUAACAAUGAGUUGGUGGAUAUGUUGAAGGAGGCUGGGGGUCCGAAAACUACAUCAUCGCCUUCUGGACCAUCAAAGAGGUCAAGAGCAGCUUACAGUGGAUCUCAGACAGUCUCAUGCCUUGUUGAUGGCUGCAAUUCAGACCUUAGUGUUUGUAGAGAUUACCAUAGGCGCCAUAAAGUCUGUGAGCUCCACUCUAAGACUCCUCAGGUCACAAUUAACGGCCAAAAGCAACGAUUCUGCCAGCAGUGCAGCAGGUUCCAUUCGCUGGAGGAAUUUGAUGAAGGAAAGAGAAGCUGCAGGAAGCGUCUUGAUGGACACAAUCGUAGACGAAGGAAGCCCCAACCAGAACCCUUGUCACGUUCAGGAAGUUAUUUGUCCAGUUACCAAGGUACACAAUUGCUACCGUUCUCCAGUUCACUUGUGUACCCCUCCACCACGGUUGUGAACCCAACCUGGGCCGGAGUUGUCAAAGCUGAGGUUGAUACCGGUCUUCAUAACCAGCAUCUCCAACUGCCAUUGAUAGAUAAACAAAACAUGUUUCUUGGGUCCUCAACCAGCACCAGCAGCACCUACAAGGGAGGAAAGCAAUUCUCACUUUUCCAAAGCUCCCCACUGCACAACCAAACAUCUCAUCAUGGAGCAUCUGUCUGCCAGCCUCUUCUGAAUACCAUUUCAUUCUCAGAAACUGGUGGUGGGGCAAAGAGCAAAAUGUUUUGUGACAGGCUAACAACUCAAAUCCACGAUUCGGAUUGUGCUCUCUCUCUUCUGUCAUCACCACAGACACAGCAGACAUCUGAAAUAGGUUUGAGACACGUGGUGCAGCAGCCUAAUUCAAUAUCUCUGAUGCAACAACGAUUAGGCCCCGGAAGCCUUCAUGGGAACAACAGUGUAGAGCCCAUGGAUUCAGUUCUGGUCUCCAAUGGAAGUGAAGCAAAUGUUAAUUGCCCCGGAAUGUUUCACAUAGGCUCUGAUGGGUCUCUGGGGAACAAUCAACAACAUCAACAUCAACAUCAUGCCCCUCAAACACUUCCCUUCCAUUGGCAGUAG